AUGACUGACCCCACACGACCCCAAACCGUCAAGAUCCAGCACUAUGGUACCGUUCCAGCGAAGCAACCAAAAGAAAAGCGGGUGUUUCUCCAAUCGCUAAGAAAACCGAAGCCUGCGACGCAAUCUCCAAACAAACUACUAGAGAUCGGUGGACAUCCUAGGCGAGGACGGAGGUCUAGUAUGAAUUUUCCGAGGGAGAUCAUAAGAGGAGUUUAUCAGUUGACGCAAACGAUCAAUGGUUAUACAAUAGAUUCUUCGAUAUUCAGGCUGAACACGAACGCUACCGUCAUCCUUUUAAUAACCUUCUCUUUGGCUGUUACCACCAGACAAUAUGUGGGGCAUGCUAUAGAUUGUCUACAUGCAAGGGACAUCCCCGAAGAAGUGCUCAACACCUAUUGUUGGAUCCAUUCAACGUUCACCGUGGUUCAGGAAGCUUCCAAAAGACAUCAACAAAACGAUCAGCUGUCAUUGUCGGGAAUAGAAACGACGGGGAAAAGAGCCAUCAGGCAGAUCAAAUAUUAUCAAUGGGUCGAAUUUUUUCUGUUUGUUCAGGCUGCCGUCGAAAUGUCAACGUCACCUAUCCUUGUUGAAAAUUUGUCGAGAGUGAAGCCGAAAAAGCACCCAACCACACACCGAAUCGUAAUCAAAAGAUAG